AUGCCAGAUCAUCCAGAGCCUGCCCUCACCUCUACCUUUGACCACCUACACCCUCUGUUUGAGACCAUCCAGAUUUACAUCAAACUCCUGACCCACCUACAACCACUGGGAGAAGAGAGAAUAGAGACAGACCUGACCUUCACCCACUGGAAGAAGGGAUGGGAAUACGGCAGAAGCCAUAACAAGCCUUCACUGUCUGCCUGGCCAAGCCCUGUUGUUGUAUUGGGACAGCGUGUGAAUCUUCUAUGUGAUUCUCAUAGACAGUCUGGCAUGUUCAAGCUGUACAAAGAACUUGGAGACCCUAUUCCUCAGGUCUAUGAAAACAUAUUCUGGAAGAGCAUUCUCUUGGGCCCUGUGACAUCAGCACACGGAGGAACCUACAGAUGCUAUAAUUACAACCAUGGAUGCACUAGUGAACUCUCAUCACACAGUGACCCUUUGAAAAUCAUAAUUUCAGGAAUCUACAGGAAGCCUUUCCUUGUGGUCCCACAUACUCCCCUGGUAAACUCAGGAGAGAAGCUGAGCCUGGAGUGUCAUUCAGAGAUUAUGUUCGACACCUUCAUUCUGACUUCACAGAGAAAGGGAAUAAUCAAGGAAUCUUUCCAGCAUUUUGCAGAAUCUCAUUUUGGGUGGUCCCAUGCCAACUUCUCAAUAAGACCUGUGACACCUGACCAUGCUGGGACUUACGAAUGUUAUGGCUCUUACAAUCACACGCCAUAUGAGUGGUCCGAAUCCAGUGACCCUGUUGACAUAGUGAUCACAGGUUUAUACAAGAAACCUUCCCUGGCAGCCCUGAUGGGCCCUGUAGUGAUGUCAGAAGAGAACAUGACCUUGGCCUGCAUCUCAGACCAUCAGUUUGACAUGUUCCAUCUGUCCAGAGAAGGGGUACCUCAUGGACAUGGGCAGCCUGCUGUGCAGAGUCACAAUGGGGCAUUCCAGGCCAAUUUCUUUCUUGGUCCUGUAAUCCAGAAAGGAAACUAUAGAUGCUAUGGCUUUUUCAGGAACUCCCUCCACGUGUGGUCUUCCCCAAGUGACCCCCUCUACCUUUCUGUCACGGGUAAGAAGGCCUCAGAUAUAAACUGUACUUCGUGCACAGAACCGAAGUCCAAGACUUAUAACCACAAGAACCAGAAUGUUGUGAUUGGGCUGUCAGUGGCCAUGAUCCCUGUGUCCCUCAUCGUCCUCCUUUGCUCUUGUUUCUCUGCCAAAAAGAGUAAGUCUCAGGAACAAGCCAGUGAGCCCAACAUAGAUCAAGAUCCAAAGGUGAGAACAACCCUGAACAGACAGGACCCUGAAAGAGAAGACGUGCAAGAAGUAACAUACUUAGAAAUUGAGAAGAGGAACUUCAAACAAAAACUGACCACUCCCAUUUCCCAGAUUCCCAAGAAAUGUUCCACAGAUCUCAGUGUGUACGUGGAAAUCAGGAAAUGAUAAGUUGAGGUGAAAUGUCUUCUUUGCACCAUGAGUUCUCAGGGAAAGAUUUGAGGAAGUCUUCUGAGGAUACAACAGCCCUUUCUCCAGUGAAGACUGAGAGAUGCAAUGAAAUCUGAAGA